CUGCGAGUUUACCUAAACAUCUCAAUGUUUACCUGAACAUCCCAAUGUUUUUGCCUAUACAUUUCAAUGUGUUUACAUACACAUCACAUUACAUCUGUAUAUCCCGUAUGUUUCAAGGAUUUUCCAGUUUUCUUGCCCGCGCAUUACAGUUUGCUAACCUUCAAACCACAGUGUGCUUACCUUCACAUCAUAUUGUGAUUAACUGCAACCAUGGUGUGCAUAUCUACACAUCAAGAUGUGCUUACCUACACAUCACUGUGUACUUACUUGUACAUCACGAUGUGCUUACCUGCACAUCACAGGGUGCUUACCUACACAUUACAAUGUGCUUGCCUACACAUUACAAUGUGCUUGCCUACACAUUACAGUGUGCUUACCUACACACCACUAUUCUAUUUACUUACCUGCACAUCACGAUGUGCUUACCUGUACAUCACAGGGUGCUUACCUACACAUUACAGUGUGCUUACCUACACAUUACAAUGUGCUUACCUACACAUUACAGUGUGCUUACCUACACAUUACAGUGUGCUUACCUGCACAUCUCGCUGUGCUUACCUGCACAUCACUGAUACCCUGCACAUCAUGACGUGCUUACCUGCUCAUCAAAGUAUGCUACCCUGUACAUCACGUUGUGUUACCCUGCAUAUCACGGUAUGCUACCCUGCACAUCGCUGUGUGCUACUCUGCACAUUACAGUGUACUUACCUGCACAUCACAGUGUGUUACCCUGCACAUCACGGUGAGCUAGCCUGCACGUUGCGGCGUGCUAAUAUACACAUCACACUGUGUUACCCUGCACAUCACGGUGUGCUAAUCUGCACAUCACGGUGUGCCAGCCUGCACGUCACGGCGUGCUAAUAUACACAUCACACUGUGUUACCCUGCACAUCACGGUGUGCUAACCUGCAC